GUUAUGUUUAUCUGUGGCGAGUGGGGCUCUUCGAAAGGUGGAUUAUCAACGUUUAACAGGGAGCUUGCUUUGAAUCUAGCAAAGUAUUCAAAAGAAAGAAUCAGGGUUCACUGCUUUGUUUGCCAAAGUACAGAAGAAGAACGACAAGAUGCAAGCAGCAAUGGAAUCCACUUAAUCAAAGCACAGCGCCCUCCUGGAUCUAGUGAUCCGCUUGAAUGGAUUCGAUUUCCACCAUCAGAGCUUCCCAAUCCUGACAUCAUCGUUGGCCACGGUAGAAAGUUUGGUGGUGCGGCCUAUUCCAUUCGACAAAUAACAGGCUGUAAGUGGAUACACUUUGUACAUGUGUUUUGUGAGGAUCUUGGAAAAUACAAGCUGGAAUGCAGCAUUACAGCUGAUGCAAUUGCAGAUAACGAAGAGAAGAACAGACGAGAACUGGAGCUGUGCAAAGCAUCUGACUCAGUUGUCGCAGUAGGCUCCCUACUACAAAGAAAAUAUCAAAGAAGUCUGCCAGAUUUUGAAAUAGAAGUCAUUACUCCGGGGAUUUUCCAAAAGUAUGUCAAUCUAACAGCAAGGAAAUCAAGUAAAUUUGAAUCAUCAGGAGAAGAUGAGUUUCACAUCUUCAUGUUUGGUCGUGGAAGCUUUGAGGACUUUGAACUGAAAGGAUAUGAUAUAAUUGGUAAGGCUGUGGCUUCACUAGAAAGAAAAUUUGAGCUCACUUUUGUUGGUGCACCACAAGAUCAACAACGGAAGAUCGAAAAAUGGUUCCUGGAGGAAACAAAAAUAACACGGAGUCAACUAACCAUCAGAGGCUUUUGUAAUUACGAAGAAAUGAGAGAGAUGUUUCGUCAAGCGGAUGUAGUUGUGAUGCCAUCCCGCACCGAGGGCUUCGGGCUGGUGGCCCUAGAGGCCAUAUCAGCUGGUGUGCCUGUACUGGUCUCCAGGGAAUGUGGUAUAGCCAAAGCCCUUCAAACUGUGGAUGGUGGGAUGGCUGUGGUCAUCCCCUCAGCUUCACCAGAGGAAUGGGCAAAAAAAAUCCAAGAGCUAUCACAGCAAACACCAGAUGAGAGGUAUGCCUCUGCCCUGCAUCUGAGAGGGAAUUAUGGGAAGAGGUACCACUGGAAGGAGGAAUGUGAAAAGUUUAUGAAGAUGAUUCUGCAGUUGGCUCCCAGUCCCACUCCUAAGGAGACUGUAUUCACAGAAAAGGCUCCAUGCAGUUCAAAUGAUAAAGAACAAACACAAAGGAAGGAGGUUUUCACAGGAACUGGUGAUCUUCCACACAGUGGCCUUGAAGUUGGGAAAAGAGAUGGAAGGGAACAAAGUGAGUCUGCACCAGAUCCAGACACUUCAGAUAAAACAACAGAACAAACAAGAGAAAGAAGGACAGGUGGGCAAGGGGAAGUUUUCGCUGCAGAUCAAGACACCUCAAAUAAAACAAGAGAAAAAACAAAGGGAGACAAGAAAAAAGUUCAAGCAGCAGCUUUAGACACUUCAAAUGAAACAAGAGGACAAACACAGGGAGAUGAGGGAGUAGUGCAAGCAGCAGGUGCAGCUGGAUAUGACUCAGCAGAACAAGCACAUAGAAAUACAAAAGAAGCAGAUACAGCUGUAGAAGAUUCAGGUACAGCUCCACGUGAUUCAACAGAAGAAGUCCGUGCAGCAACAAGUAUGGCUUUAGAAGAAAGUGGUGGCCAGGUGGCAGGUGCAGCUCCAUAUGAUUCAGCAGAACAAGCACAGAGAAAUACAAAAGAAGCUUGGACAGCAACAGGUACAGCUGUAGAAGAAAAAGCUCCAAACAUCUCUGUAAGGAGUAAAACAUCUGAUGGGAAUGAACAAACAAAGUCUGUUCAAGAAUGUUAA